AUGAAGAAUAUACUUUCAAUUCAAUCACACGUAGUUUUUGGUCAUGCAGGAAAUAGUGCGUCAGAGUUUCCUAUGCGUAGAAUGGGUGUAAAUGUAUGGCCGCUCAACUCUGUACAGUUUUCGAAUCACACACAAUAUGGAAAAUGGACUGGUUGUGUUAUGCCUGCCAACCAUCUAACGGAUAUUGUCAAGGGUAUAGAGGAUAUAGAUCAACUGAAGCGGUGCGAUGCCGUGCUCAGUGGUUACAUAGGUUCGCCAGACCAAGGCAGUCAAAUCCUCGAGGUGGUACGCCGAGUCAAAGCUGCUAAUCCAAACGCUAUCUACUUUUGCGAUCCUGUAAUGGGUCACCCAGGAAAAGGUUGUAUUGUAUCACCUGGAGUUGCAGAGUUCUUUGUGAGCCAAGCGGUUGCAGCGAGCGACAUGAUGGCGCCAAACUUGUUGGAGUUGGAUCAGCUGACCGGUCAACGACUGACAAACGUAGAAGAGGUCAUUGCAGGAGCACGCAGUAUAAUAGCACGCGGUCCACGAUUGAUACUAGUCAAGCAUCUUGCAUACGCAGGCUACAAAGAGGAUCGCUUUGAAAUGUUACUGGUGACAGCCAGUGAUGCGUGGCACAUUAGCCGACCACUCGUUGACUUUGGCAGUCGUCAGCCUGUAGGAGUCGGAGACUUGACUAGUGGUUUGUUACUUGUAAAUAUUCUUAAAGGCGAAUCACUGAAAGAUGCAUUGGAGCAUGUUACCGCAGCUGUUUACGAGGUGAUGCUGACAACCAAAGAGAUGGGUGAAUAUGAACUUCAAGUGGUUGCAGCACAAGAUAGAAUUGUUAAACCCAAUAAUCAUUUCGAUGCAGUAAAGAUAAAUUAA